UGCGAAGCGCUUGGCUUGCCAGGGUUUCGAAAUAUCGAGCUUGUAAACAGUACAGUAUCGCUUGGUAAAAACAUUGUACAACGCCAGUCGAACUAUUAUAGAGCAAUGAAAACUCUGUCUGUUACGGGCAAUGCUGAUAUCUUAGCUCCGAGAAGAAUACUGGAUGCCCCAUCGGCAAAUUUGAGAAGCAAUAUUAAUAUUGCCGAACACGCAACAUGCAGCAAACAGGAAUCUUCGAAUUAUGGUUUGUAUUCCAAAAUUUCUACAUUAAAAUUCAGUGCGGGAUAGUAUGCGUAUUGUAUAUACAGACUUUGUAAAGAUGUAGAAUUUAGUAUUUAGUGCCUAGCAGUAUUAAAUAUUUGCAUUUUUUUCGCCAGAUUAUUUUACUCGCAUUAAAAUGGGGAUAUAACUUGGCAAACACUCGCAUUCUUUCCCGUAGAAAGCCGGAAUUUAUAAUAAUCGACUUUCGUUAUUCUUUAUAGUCUAUUAAAGUACUCAAAGUGUUUCCCGUGUGAACUGCUUGAACACAUAAAUACAGUUAAUAAUACUGGGAAGGGGGUUUUCGGGUUUACUGCGCCCCUUGGCUUGUGUGUAUUGAAAGUAUAAAUAGCAGGUGUCCUUUGCUGUGUUGUAAUAUUGACACUAGGCUAGGCUUUGUUUACAACUAUGGCAGCCUUUUUGAAGAAUAAUUAUAUAGAUAUAUCAAUUUCAUAUAAUUGCCAGUACUUUCCCCGAAUAUCUAGAAUUGUCCAGAAUUAGACGACAAAGCUAGUAUCAGGACGCAUUGCAGCUUAAUGUGUUAAUCGAAGAGAAAACAAAAUUGAAUUUACUUAUUUGUACUGUUGUUUAAGGAAAAUAAAUUUGCACUUUCAUUACUGUCACAGCCCUGCUCAGAGCCUAGUGUAUCAAUGCAUAUAUCGUCUGAUUUACACUGGAAACAUUGCUUUCUACUCACUCUUCUGGUUGCCAAACAAGCAAUGCUUGCGCACAUGAUGGUGUUGUGGACAUGUGAUUAUAAUAGUAGAAAUUUCUAGAAACAUCUGUCUGAUCAAAUCAGCUGUGAUAGUCACAAGUGAUUGUCUCAAGUGUCAAAUCAGAUGUCAUAGUGUCAAUAUAGGGAAGAAGAACCAGCUAGAAUAGUGUGAUCUCUACUGGCAGGUGUUCUGGAAACAUUGUACAUUUUACCAAAACUUUGUAUUUUGUCAUAUUUCACAUACACAUUGAUGAUAGAUUAGUGUCUGUAUAUGAACUAUGUGAAAGAUCCAGCCUCCCCCCCUGAAAAUCAAGUACUCCCUGCUGUUAGACUCACUUCAAAUCUUGCUCAAAUUGGCUGCAUUUUUGACAGGGUCUAUCCAGUGUGUACAGAGAUCAGUUUCAUUUUCAAUUAGGUCUAUCCAGUAUAUUCUAUCCAGUAUAUUAUGAGAUCAGUUCAUUUCAAACUGAUCUCAUAACAGACUGGAUAGAUUUCAUCAAAAAUGAAGCCAAUUUGAGCAUUAAGACUUGGGGCAAGUCCGGCCCAGCCCCCCACCCCCACCUCCCCUGCCAGACCUCCCCUGCCAGUCCUUAUCUACUCUUGUUUUGUGUCAACAGAACGGGAAUGUUGUUGGACGUGGGAUUCGGAUUCCAUGUCGGGUUCCAUCACCCUUGGCAACCAGGAUGAGGUGUUGUUUCAUCCGGACUACAGCUGUGGGACGGCCGCAAUCCGAGGCGAAGAACCGUUCGAGCUUGGCAGUCAACAUUACUGGGAGCUUAAGAUGACAAGCGCUGUCUAUGGAACUGAUAUGGUAAGACGAAAUAUGUCAGACAUGUUCUAUUAGAUAUGCCUGUAGAUGUUAUUCUGUGGAGGUAGCCAGUCUUUGAAUGGAGGUAGCCAGUCUUUGAAUGGAGCUCAGUCUAUGCCAGUGAUGUUUUCCAGGGCAAACUCGGGGAAUGCAGUCCCCCCACCUUUUUUACCAGGGGAACAGCAUCCCCCUGCCAAAAUCAAACAUGGGGAACACCAUUCCCCUGGCAGGGAUUAAAUAUGAGUGAAGUUCAGUGAACGCCGUUUGACACCGUCCAAAUAAUUUUGGCUAUUAAUCACUUGUUCUAUAUACAUGUUAUUUUUGGCAAUAAUUGCUCAGCAUCCUACAUGAAAAUACUUCAGAACGUAAUUUUAUCACUAUUUUAAUCUCCCUGAAACUUGAUAUACUUGCCGAAAGGAAACAGUGUAUAGAAACAGAAAGAGGUAGAAAGAAACAGUAAAAAGGAGAAAGAAAAAAGGAUAAAUGAGUAAUUUCAGGAAGGUGAAAGAUGGGAAGAAUCUAUUGCCAUGAAAAUUGUUCCACACGUGAAACUAACAUUUACAGUGACAGUAUUUUUAGAGAGGACUAAAGACGUAAGGAUACUGACAAGACUGGAAACGAACUAACCGACAGGCAACAACUACACUUUAGACUGUGUCUUCUUACACAAAUUGGUUUGUACUAAUCACUAUACCAACUAGAGGUGUGCAUCGGAUCGGAUUGGACGUUUAUAAUGCGACAAUUGGCUAAUGUUUAAAAUCCGAUCCGAAAUUGUCUAAUCCGAAUCCGAUCCGAGUUUUGAUAAAGAAUUCCGAUCCGAAGAAUCCUUUAGCUUUAAUAAAAUAAAUUUCUCAUUCAAGUGGAAAUAUUUAACCAAAUAAAUAGAAAAGCAAGAAAUACAUGUCAAGAAGCUGACAAAGUGACGUUCAAUUCAAGUAUCAAACGAAUAAUGCAGCGACAACCGCGUUGUCGUGGAUAAUUAAUUCAUUUUAUUUCGAAUAUCGAAGUCCGAUCCGAGACUACGAAACAACUUUAUCAAUCCAAUCCGAAAUGAAUAUUUUUGUUCCGAAAUGCGAACGAAUCGGAUUCGGAUCGGAUUUGCACACCUCUUUGCACGCACUUUAAAGCUACACUGAUUCGAACUUAUGACUAAAUUUUGACUAUAUUUGAUAAUAUAAGAAUCUGUUUUGAAAUUCAAGCCUGAACAGGUUCUUAUUGAAAGGGGGUCUUAAAUUCUAGGUUCUUAUAUACGGGGAUUUACUGUACGUAUUUUUGUGUGGGCCGUGAAAAGUCCUUUAUAAAAUCUAAUAAAUAUUUUUGCAUGCUUAGAUGAUCGGCUUAGGCAGCAGUGCUGUGGACUUAGACAAUUCGCGUACAGCCUUUGCGAGUCUGCUGGGCCGAGACCCGGAGAGCUGGGGUCUAUCGUAUCUUGGUACGAUUCAACAUAGAGGCGAAAUGAAACAAUUUACAACGAAACUAGAACGAGACGAUGUAGUGGGUUUGCACCUGGACAUGUGGCACGGAACAUUGAGUAUUUACAACCAGGGCAAACCGUGCGGGGUUGCUUUUCGUGGACUACAGAACAAAGAACUUUACCCGAUGCUUUCGUCGACUGCGGCUCGCACGAGAAUGAAAUUGGAACGUAGUUGUAGUCUCCCCACGACGCUACAGUAUUUAUGUUGUGCUAAAAUUGGCAGCCAUAUUUCUGGGCUACAUGACUUAGACAAGCUACCUUUACCUCCUGGAAUGAAAAGAUAUCUGGGGAAACAUAUGGCUUGGGUUUUGCAGACAAAAAGUAGUCGGAUUUCGAAAUAAGGUUUUCGUAACUUGGGACUUUGGAAUAAUAAUUUAACAGAGCUCUGAGUACACACGUAAAAACGUACAAGUUGUAACAAACCUUCAGCAGACUUGUAUAGCAAUGCUGUUCCAACAACUUGUCAACAGGAUGUGUUCGCACUGCUUGUUCCCAGCUUGUUGACAAGUUGCUACAAGGUUGAGCUUAACAGACUUGUUACAAGUUGUUCCAACAACUUGUUAUCGUCCUGCACUUCAACCAUUUGUCAACAAGUUGUGAUUCACAACCUUGUAGCAACUUGGUAAAAUAACAGCAUUGUUACAACUUGUUGACAGGCUUGCUGCAAGCCUGUUGCGAAGACCAUCUUGUGAGAUUUUUACGUGUAUAGACCAUGUAUAAAUAUAGCCGGCCAAUAAAUAAAUAUAUAUGUGCUCACAAGUUUGUGGUAACAUUUAAAGAUUUAACUUUGAAGUAUAUUUUAAAAGUUCUUUGUUGUUUGCUUGGAGAAAGUAGUAAGUAUACACACGCAAAAAUCUCACAUCUUGUAGCAAGUCUGCCAACAAGUUGUGUUCGCACUGCUUGUCCCAAGUUGUCAACAAGUUUGUAACAACCUUGUGAUAUUAUCAGACUUGUUGCAAGGUUGUUCCAUCAAGUCUGAUACAGUACAAUAUUGUUACAACCUUGUGUUGUCGAUCUUGUAACAUUCUUGUUAUAUCAUGACUGUAUCAGAUUUGUUGGAACAACCUUGUAACAAGUCUGAUAAAGCCAUCAAGCUUGUUACAAGUUGUUAACAGCUUGUUCCAAACUUGUUACAACAACUGGGAACAAGCAGUGCGAACACAACUUGUCAACAGCUUGUGAACAGAUUUGUAACAACUUGUUUGCAGACCUGUAACAACUUGUGCGUUUUUACGUAAUCUUUUCACGAACCAAAACUUAUAUUUGAAGUAUAUUAUCGGUUGAUUAUUGGACUUGUAAUUGUAGAAACUUUCCUUUAAUCUAUCGUUCAGUUUUAAUGUGCUCGUACGAUUACAAUGAAGUUUGGGUGUCUACAAUAAAAGGGUGAUGUCAUAAUUAAUUAUUUUUUUGAUAUUUGGGACUUUUUUCGGCAUAUGGGCCUUACUGCCCCCCCCCCCCACCCUGGUGAAAAAAUCCUGCGUACGGCCGUGUUAAUAACGAGUUACCGCAAAUCUUCUACAGGGUCUAUCAAAAAAGUGUACACCCUUUCAAAUUUUUCUGUGAGUUGUGUAUUUGUUCAGACAAAAAGAAGUUAUCCUAAAUUCCCAUGUGCAGAAGACCUUGUGUUUUCACGCAUUCAUUAAUUCGAGAAAUCAUACGGCUGUCAAAUUACUACGAUAGGUUACGGUUAAUUUGAAAGGGUGUACAUGUUUUGAUACACCCUGUAUUGACGUGAGAGUGCUUAAACGGUGGGUGGGGGGGGGGGGCUUACUGAUUUAGACGAAACGCUGCACACCAACGUGAAAGGCUUUUCUCUUUUGUAAAGUGGAGGAUGGGGCACUUUGUAGAGGAAUAGCAAAUACUUACAUUGCAUCCUCCGGAAAAAUGGGGUGCGGCUUGUUGUACCGGGGAGGGGCAAAAUAGAGAGUUUCCGAGAUGUGACGUUGUUAAAUCAUCAUAAUUGGUAGAAAUUUGUAAAUAAGGACCAUUUCCAUUGUAAAUACGUUCAAGAGGGUUUUAACAAUUAUAAAAAUCUUGUAUGUAUAUAUACUGUAUAUCUUGUAUAUUGCCAUUAUAUUGCGUUGUAAUUGUAUAAACAUUCCUUUAUUCUGUCGUAACACGAAAAGUCACUUUUGCCGUAAUCCAUCUCAAAACAAUAAAUUCGAAUGCUUUUCGUUCAAAUUCCUUUGCUCUAUUUGCGACUAUUUUGGGUUCGACACGAAACCAAAUUCAACUGAUAUGAAAGUUUUAUUAACAAAUGUAUUUAUACAGGCUAUAUAUUAAAUACAAAAAUACAUACGAACAUUAAAUUUGUGUAGGUAUAUACACAGCUAAUUCAAGAAAGGUUGUCAUUUGCAAACCUUAAACUCUAAGCGCGCAAAGCUUACGGUAAUGGGAGCACAAGUUUCAGGCUUAGUAUAGUUGACUAUUGCAGCUAUUUGUGAAUGAUUGUUCUCGUAAGGAGAUAUUUGCCAUGUUUCCAAGAAUUGGGCCCCAUAUAUGAUUCACUAAAUUCAUUACAUGAUGCCCCAUUAUGCUUUGCAAGCUUAGAGUUUAAGGUUUACAAAGGACCUUUUUUGAAUUAGCUGUAAAUGUGGACAUUUUACAUUCCAUUGAUUAUAUUACUUAUAAAUUAUAUUAACACAACCACGAGGUCUGUUUAACAAUGUGAGUUUUUGGGGCUUCAAUAAUUGGUUGGACGGUUAGGUCUAGGUACCGCUCAUUAAAUACUAACUGUUCACUCAAUUAUACCUGGUACGAAACAAAGUUUUUGUAAUAUAGUUUUGAGUCCUUUUGUACAUGAAAAUGUUCUUGUCUAUCAGCCAUUUAUUGCUUAAAUUAUGCCACGUUUACACAUUGCGUCUAUUAGUCUGGUCAAUUUUAGAUUGAAACUAAUAUUUCAAAAAAUAACAUAUAAACAACAACAUCAGCAAUUCACAUGCAGAACCUAAAAUCAGCCUGACAAAUCACAACGUAUAAACGCACUUGGCUUGGCUUAGAUGUUCAGGGGGGACUGUAUUGCGAUUACACACAUAAAAACACACAAGUUGUUACAGGUCUGUUCACAAGCUGUUGACAAGUUGUGUUCGCACUGCUUGUUCCCAGUUGUUGUAACAAGUUUGGAACAAGCUGUUAACUUCUUGUAACAAGCUUGAUGGCAUUAUCAGACUUGUUACAAGGUUGUUCUAACAAGUCUGAUACAGUCAUGAUAUAACAAGAAUGUUAUACGGUUGACGACACAAGGUUGUAACAAUAUUGUCUCAUGACUGUAUCGGACUUGUUGGAACAACCUUGCAACAAGUCUGAUAAUAUCAACAAGGUUGUUAACAACUUGUUCCAAAUUUGUUGACAACUUGGGUCAAGCAGUGCGAAUACAAUUUGUUGACGGCUUGUUGGCAGACGUGGUACAAGAUGUGAGAAUUUUAAGCGUGUAGAUCAGUGGAGGUUGUGGAUUUUGGACCGAGUCGGACCUCUGUAUCACUUUCUACUUCUGUGGCUUAGACAGUAUACACGAAAAGGCCUGUGUUCGUCUUAGUUCUUUCAUUUUUUCUUCGCUCGCUUCUUUGCCUUGGGCGCUUCUUCGGCUUUCCUUUUUUCGCCACCAACACCAUUUUCACAACCGUUCACGUGGGGCUCUUGUGAAAGAUCGAAAUUAUAUUUUCGUGCCAUCACUUCGGUCCACAGUGCCAGUUCAACCUUGUGAGCCGUCCAAUCACCUUCGGGAUCUAGAGAAAAUGUUUAGGUAACAAAUUCACAUAACAAUAUACUGCAUUUAUCAUUUAUUAAACUAGAAUGUGUAUUUUACUACGGCUAAUGCAUGAUGUGUCGUGAAUGGACCUGUAAUGGGUGUCUCCAAAAAAACUAAACACUGUUUGGUCAUAGCCUAUCCGGCGAAGGAAAGAUGGCUGUGAAACUCAUUAGAAUAAUGAUGUUUGUGAUGUUACUCUGAGUGUAUAUCCACACCGGGCAAGCUUGAAAAAUAUGCCUGGCCACGGUGGGAAUCGAACCUACGACCUUUGGAAUACUAGCCCAAUGCUCUGCCAACUGAGCUACGCGGUCAGGUCGGUUCGAGUAUGUGAUAUUUCGGAACUGAGUCUAGUUCCUUCGAUAUCAAUGCAAUCUAGUAAUAUGAAUUUUUCUGUGUUGGUAUGACUAGAUUGCAUUGAUAUCGAAGGAACUAGACUCAGUUCCGAAAUAUCACAUACUCGAGCCGACCUGACCGCGUAGCUCAGUUGGCAGAGCAUUGGGCUAGAAAGGUUGUAGCCGUAGGUUCGAUUCCCACCGUGGCCAGGCAUAUUUUUCAAGCUUGCCCGCGGUGUGGACAUACAUUCAGAGUAACAUCAUAAACAUCAUAUUCACCUGAGUACACAACACAAACACAGAAAAAUUCAUUAGAAUAACUCAUUAUCUAUGUAUUUUUACUAUUUAUCAAUUUAUUAUUUAUCAAUUUACCCUAUUGUUCGAGUUGUUCGAGUCACGGAUAAGUAACUUUCCUAAAACAUUGCUAUUGGUUAGUGGGGCAAAAAUACAAUACACACGUGACGGUGAAGGACCAGAUUUAUGAAUAAACGUUGACUAACGUAGAUAAUGAGUUAUAUUGUUAUUCUAAAGAGUUUCACAGCCAUCUUCCCUUCGAUAGGCUAUGGUUUGAUUAACUACAGCAACAAAAAUAGAACAGCUAUCACGAUCAAAUCAAUUUUAUGGUACCCAGAAAGGGCUAACUUAAAUUUUGAUAGAUUAGAAUAAUGUUUCCAUGCAAUAUUAACUGAGAUAUUAUUGUUUUAAGUCCAACAAGAAUUUUUGACAAUGCUAAGAAUUAGCAUAACUUAUAACCUAUUAAUUCCCAAAGCUAAGAAAUAUGAACAAAAUUGUGAAGACUCUGGCUUGCGAAGUUGCAAAAUUGUAAAAAUUAACGGGAAAUAAUUUAAGUUGGCUUCAAUGGUGGAAACCCAAAAAUCCUGCCUAGAUAUAUUCAUUGCCUCACCUUUCUUCUUAAGCUGUUGCAAAACUUUCUUAAUUUUCUCCACGAAGCUCAUGUAAAACGGUAAAUGAUAACUAAUUUCUCCUAAAUCAGGUAUCGCCAUCAUCGCCUCGUCCGCCAUGAAAGGUACGAGGUCUGGCGCGCCCGCUGAAAGAAUGGCUAGAAAAACAAAAUUAAUGGAGAACAGAAGCGAGACUAUAAAAAACGUAGGUCUUUAGCACUGCCGGACUUCAAAUUGCGCAUUUGAUCAUAUACUAUAACAUGUUAAUUUGCGCAAUAUAAAUAUUAAAUAUUAUUAUUAUUAUUAAAUGUCCGGCAGAAACUUUUAACAAAAUAUCUUUGCAGAAAUUUCCUUACAUCUUGCAUGAAAUUUUUGUCACAAAGUGCGGCGCCAUAUACGUUCUCUGAAAUCUGUACCGUUGGUAGAUUUCAUUGGUAAAGGUAGAUUUCAGAGAACUUAUGACGUCAGGUGGCGCAAAGGCGUAGAUAGAUUUCAGAGAACGUAUGGCGUCAGGUACCCCUUGACUCAUUGUAAGCUAGUAGAAAACUGAAAAAUCUAUCUUAUACAAAUAAAAUUUAUUGAACGUAGUUAAUGUCUAACUUAAAUUUUGAUGGAUGCUUUGCGCAUUUCUAUAAAAUAUUAGCCGAGAUAUAGGCGUGUACACUUGAGGUAGCGUUUUUGGAAGACGCGAAAAAUGGUCUAUUAAUUUACAUUAUGGUAAUAAAAUGGCCAUUUUUCGCUUCUUCCAAAAUUGCUACCUUGAGUUUAAACGCCUAUAUGUCGGCUGAUUUUCUAUAGAAAUGUUCAAGGUUACCAAGGUAUACAUCAAAAUUUAAGUUAGACAUUACUGCCUUCACUAAACUUUCUUUGAAUAAGAUGGCUUCCUUAGUUUUUUAAUCACAAUAAGUCAAAGAGGGGAACAUUUUUUUACACCACCCGGUACAUAUGCAGGAAGUUUUAUAUACGACUUUAUUACCCAGGCCUAAAAAAAUACCUGACAUGUGGUUCCGGUUCCCGACCGUCCCUAUUUUUUUCUGCCGACCCUAUUAUUUUUUCAACGCAAUUGACUGUGCGACCCUAUUUUCUCCGGGUGGUUGCGGGCUGCUGCCAAAAUGGCGUCUGUUGUGUUGUCACACUAAUUAUUGAAAAAAACAUGAAAAAAUAUUUUAAAAAAUGUUCUUUCCGACCUACUGACCCUAAUUUUUUUGCUAUAUGAAACCGUAACCACAGGUAUUUUUUUUAGGUCCCAGGAAAUUUUUAUUUUUCGCUGCCAAGGAAGAGAAAUAUAAUUUCUAGGCCUGGUCUAUGGUUAGGCCUCUAGUAGACCACGGUGUGAUAAGUAUGUGAAUUAUCGCAUCCUGACUAUUAUAUCCCUGCAUCUCCUGAUUUGCACUUACCUGAAGCGGUGGCUGGACCAACAGCCUUCAAUUUUGACAGUUCACGUAUGGCAGCUGAAACGUCGGGUAGAUAUCCAAAUGCUUUACGGCUUGUGUCUUCAACUGUCGUUUCAUUGUUUGCCUUCACAAGAUCUGAUAAUCUUGGUCGAAACUUUCCUCGCUACAGGAAUGAGUUGACACCAUUAAUAACGACUUAACUAAUCUUUGGUAAUUUUAAAGGUGGCAUAUUUGCAGAAUGUGCAAACACCAAAGUUCCACAAAGAGAUUAAAAAAUUAAAAUUAAAAGAUUAAAAAAUUCGGGAAUUUCAGUUAGCCUGCGACAUUGAGACCAGAAUUAAGGAUAUCGUGUUUCUUAAGUUGGCCUAGCAACAGCUGAGCUAUAAAUUGAAACUUUUGAAGUCACCUGACAUUGUUUUGCGUACUAAAAACAGACAAAUAUACAUUUUAGGCUGCAUGACAUAUCCUCUCAAUUACAGUUAUCUGGUACCCAAUUUUUCUUGCAAGUAGCUAUAUUAACCCUUUAAGUGGCAAUGCACCCAGAUGUGCCGUACAUUAUCAUUUUACUCUGUCUAACUCCAGAUGAUUUUACUCAUCAGGAGGAGAGUGCUGCCACUCAAUGGGUUAACUCAUUGAGUUGCAUUGCACCUCAAUGUGCCCUACUUUAUUAUUUUACUCUGUCUAAUGCCAGAUGAUUUGCUCUUUGAGAGGAGAGUGCUGCCACUCAAUGAUUUAAACACAAUGUAAAACUGUUUUCAUGAUGUACGACCAGGGGCGGAUCUAGGGGUCGUCAAGUCAGUCGCGCGACUAAGUAAAAAUUGCCUACUUAAUUAAAAAAAUUCGACUCCAGCUAUCUAUAGCGGCCAGUAGAUCGAGUUAUUAAAAUUUUGAAUCGUAGUCCAGUUAUACGUUUCAUGCUGCGGCAGAGCUUCGGCAAAGUAAUGUUAGUCAGUCACGAACAGCGGUCUUACGCAUGAAUGUUGACGGAUUCGGGGGUUGAAUCCGGCUAUCUGAUUGGCUGACGCGCUCAUUUCCAUGGUUACGCCAUUUGCGACGGAUCUGUGGGGAGGCCUGACGGAUUUGCAGAUUCAGGGGCUCUGUAUGAGUCUUCUGAUUGAACCAUUUAAAAAUAUUCUGCACUGUCAUUGGCUUAUAUUUUCGACGGAUUCGCAGCGUGGGGUAUUCGUCAACACGGCAUUUGGUGUUUUAUACCUCCUGAAUGUUUACUAUUUCGAACGUCUGGCAUGUGAGAAAUUUUACUAUUAUAUUUUUACGAGCGAUCUCUGCCAGCGAUAUCUGGAAACAUUUUCGACAAUAUUCAGUUUGCGAUUGCGGCAAACGAUUUAGAAUCUCUACAACGUUUGUAUACGGAGCUUGAAAGAAUAUCGAUGCUUCACGGACAAAUUCUGUUGACGAGCUACUGAACGGCAAAGUGAGCGCCAUCAACAACACAAGCAGAAGCCUCGCUAGAAAUUUUGGCGCAGAGAGCUACAUUCCGAAGUAUGUUCGAGAUAAGAAAGACAAAGCUUGCACUGCAAUAAGGUAGAGAAAUUUAUGGUUUUAUAAUGAUGUAUCUUUAGUUUAUAUUAAUUAAACCGAAGAACCAAAGCCGUCGGUGUUGUUAAUGAUUGUUUGACAUAUGAUAUUUUAAUAUUCGCUAUGCUGUAUUAGCAUAAUUCUCGCGUCAAGAAGCUAAAAUAUGUUUUAUUCAAUGUCCACAUUGUAAGCAUUUGUUGAUUCUCGUGUUUAUAGUGUAGUUUUAUUUAAGAUUUAUUUAUAUUUAUGCAUCGAUCACACAACAUGUCGGCCUUAUAGAAUACUGUUUGUCCAUAGCCUAUCGACACGGCUUGUUAGACCGCAUUGGUCUGGUGUAACAUGAUGAUGUGAAAUAUAUAAUAAGCUAGCUUGAAAAGCUCAUUGACUGGUAGCCAUUCUCAUGUAACUAGUUUAUUAAUAUUUGACAUAACAUCUUUAUAUCUUGUUAAUGUAAUAGUGUUUGACUUAGUUAAUGAAUAUCUGGUUGUUUUUUUUGGAUCUGAGGCUACUAGCAAUUAUUUGUAUAGUUCUGCGUUUUUGGUAACAGAACAGUAUAUUUCCUUAAUGCAUUUGCUGCCAUAUGAUUUUACAACUUUUACAAUGAUACACUUAUAGGUAUAUAGUAUGAAUAUGACGACGAUUGAUUAAUCCACAGGCAAACAUGUUAUUAAAUUGCAGCUGAGUUUUAAUGUACUAUAUCAUAGUAAUAUAUCCAUAAAAUUUUGUAUUGGAAUAGGAUCAAUAUAUCUUUGUGCAUUUGUAGUUUUUCUUACAAUGGAUAAGAAUCAAAUGUUCGUUUGAGUUUAUCAAUUUAAAUUUAAUCUAAAUACGUUUUUCACGCCCAGUCGAGACCACGCCCAGCGCUGGCAACGCCUCGCGCUGACAACGGCCCGUCCGCCAAAAAUUUUUGACUGAGGUACGAAAAAUCCUAGAUCCGCCCCUGUGUACGACUACAAAUUGAGAAAAUGUAACUGUAUGUUACUUUAAUUGCUGUUAGAGAAAAACAGUUUUUGAACACAAAGCAAAUUUGUCCAAUUGUAUAUCGCAUACUUACAGUGAGUUUCCACUUCAUUAGCUGGCAAAGUUCUUCUAAAUUGAGAUAUUUUUUCUCUCGACUAUUUAAGUUCUUUGGCAACUCAUCUUGAUACCUGUGGUAAAAUAUAUUCCAUUCUUGAUCAAAUCAUACUAAUGGCAUUGCCCUUGCAUUUGUGUCAAGGAGGGUGGCAAUAUUGCCAAAUCCUCUGUCAGAGAGCGCCGUAACUUACUUAUAAUUUUACUAAGUAUGUGCAAUCAAGCCAAGUGGAAAUGAAUAUGUGGUUACAAAAUAACUUACUAAAGACAGACUUUCUCAGGGCGUAGCUAUCCCCAUACAAGUGGUAAGUAUAAUUGUCCUCGCUGGCUGUGUGACACUUCCCAAUUUCUCUAUCUUUAGGGUCUACAAAAUGCUAUUUCAUACAUUUUAGACAUGUUUUACAAUAACCUAAAAGCCAGAAAUUUGGUAUCUGAAAAAAAGUGCGGUUCGGACCACACAUUUCCCCCCGUGGCUACGCCUCUGGACUUUCUUGUACUUGAUGAAAAGACAUUGACUGGUCUAAGAAUAUGGGGGGGGGGGGGGAAUCUGACAAAAUCUAUUUGGUGACAAAGUCAACUCAGCAUCGAACAUGCAACAUCCGCACAUGUUGCAAUUUUUUCCUCACAAGGUUAAAAAUAUCCAACAUGAUAGAUAACUGAUAUUUUCCUCAAGAGGUUAAAUUCUCACGAAAAUCAUCCGCACACAAGAGAAACAUGCCGAGUUUGCCGCCAUACAGCUCAGCAAGUUUCUCUUGUGUGUGCGGAAGGCUCAAAGUGGCCAUUUGAUUGUAUUUGCAAACAACCGAGGCAGACACAGAUUUGUGAAUUCCUCUAACAAAUUUAUCUUCAGUCUAAAACAUUUCCAAAACUGCCCAAUGCCCGAUCACCAAUUCAAUCCUCAAAAACCUCGGUUAUGUUUUAAAAAUAUUUACCAUUUGUCCAGUGCAACGAGGUCUCGGUCUUUUUUAGUCUUGCUACUUUCUUUGCUUGCUUUCAACUUGAGCACAUCAUUGUACGAUUCGAGCGCCGUUUUCCACGCUGAAACGUCUUCGUUCGUAUAUAAACUACUUGGUUUAGGCUUUUCCAUUAUUGUGCUUCCUUCAAAAUCGUGGCUUAAAAAGCCGUUUUUGUACAAAAUUUAACUGAUUGUACAAAAUUUAAUCACAGCUGUUGAGUCUUCAAAAAAUCACGACAUCUCUGGCGCUGUUUUUCAAAACUUGCAAUAUUUUUCGUGACGCUGCGAAAUUUAGUCCUGGUGUACCGUCCCCCCGGGUUUAUAUUAGAACUUUAUUGAUACCCGGGGGGAGAUUUUUAUAAACUUUUUCAUGCGCAUUGCACCCCCUGUAUUUCAUUAAUCAAUUAUUAAAAUCAGGGGGAGUAGGAAAUAUUUUGCAAACAAAGCCUAUACCGUUAUACUUCAUGUAUUUUCCUGUGUAGUUUCGUUUUUACAUGUUUAGCUUUUAAUUAAUUUUUUAGUAACUAUUUGUUUAUUUUAGUAAAUAAACAAAUCGUUUGUUUAUUUAGUUAUUUAAAUAUUUAUAAAAUUAUCAUCUUAUGCCCUGAAAAACAUUUAAGGUGGCUCUGUGUUGUUUGUCGAAUUACCAAAAGCGCAUGCAAAUGAUGGUAACAGCAUUUGAAGAAUAGCAAACCAGUGUUAGCUAAGUAACACUGGAUCAAUAAGAGAUGACAUUUACUGGACCUCUGGGAAGAAUAGUUUAGAACUGAUAGAGUUAUCCAAUAUAAAUAAAGUUAGUUCAGUACUUCACUUCAGUUUAGGUUUCCUCCUGUAGUAAGACUGGAUCAAUAAGAGAUGAUCCUUACUGGACCUCAAGGGAGAACAGUUUAGAACUGAUAGGUACCAGUAUAAAUAAAGUUAGUUUAGUUUAGGUUGGCAUGGGACCUCUAGGAAGAACAUUUAAGAACUGAGCAUGCAGGGUGAGUUUGUUCUCAGGGAAAAUUGCGGAGAGAACAAGGAAAUCGAAAUAAAUUAGAAUAACGAGGACGCUCCUAAUCAACUGACUGCAAUUAAAAUUGUGACGUCAUCCAGUACGCGCGACGCACUAUGAGCAAAGAUCUUAACCACUUUGUAGAGACGAAAUAAUGUUUUUACAGCGCGGCGCAGAACACUGGGUCAACACAGUCUCAGAAAAUUAAAUAUGGUAAGACAGAGACAUUUUGAGCUGUAUUUUACUUUGUGUUUUGCAUUGGAGAAUUAUCUGCAGUCUGACGAGUUCUGGGAAUUUUUUGUUUGUAUUAUGUAUUACACACGUAAAAACGCACAAGUUGUUACAGGUCUGCAAACAAGUUGUUACAAAUCUGUUCGCAAGCUGUCGACAAGUUGUGUUCGCACUGCUUGUUCCUAGUUGUUGUAACAAGUUUGUAACAAGCUGUUAACAACUUGUAACAAGCUUAAUGCAAUCGGACUUAUUACAAGAUUGUUCUAACAAGUCUGAUACAGGCAUGAUAUAACAAGAAUGUUACAAUUUUGACGACACAAGGUUGUAACAAUAUUGUUAUAUCAUGACUGUAUCGGACUUGUUGGAACAACCUUGCAACAAGUCUGAUAAUAUCAACAAGGUUGUUACAGCUGUUAACAAUUGUUCCAUACUUGUUGACAACUUGGGACAAGCAGUGCGAGCACAACUUGUUGACGGCUUGUUGGCAGACUUGCUACAAGAUUUGAGAUUUUUACGUGUGUAAUAUUUUUUUCACAGGAAAGAUCGCGUACGGAAAGAAAGCAUAGAGAGAAGGAACUACGACAGCUGCAGGCAAUACCUUUAUGACGAAUAUAAGACGGUUAGUUUAGUUUAGUUUAAUAGAUUUACCACAGAUUACAUACGAAACAUAUUACAGUUUGUGGCAGGGAAUGAAAACAGGACAAAAGUCCCAACGGUUGGUGGGAUACGACUUGAAACUGGUUUAUUUAGUGUUAUGAAUGAUCAUAUAUUUUUGCAUGAAUAAAAACACAGCUAUCGAGAUAUAUAUGGCGUUUCCAUCGAGUUUAAUUUCAGAACUUGUAUUCUGAUCCGAGAGAUAUAACCUUCUCAUCAAAGAAUUUGGAACGUUAAGGAGCACGGUGUUUGGUCACUCAAACUUGAAAUACUUUAGCCACCUUAUUAAAUAAAACUCAUUAAUAAUUCAUGAGGAAAUUAGACAAAGGAAAUCACUGCCGUGCAUGUCAGUGGUUUUAUAUGCAUGUGAUAAAAAAAUCAUGUUCAUUUACAUGAACUUUAGUUUUGAUUAGACAGCUUUGAUUUUUACUACAAUUAUAUUUCACAAAUGAACUCAUAAGAUGGGUAAUUUUUAAGCCAUUUAAAACACUCGCACUCCGUGCUUUAUGAGCUACACACGCAAAAAUCUCACAUCUUGUAGGAAGUCUGCCAACAAGCGGUCAACAAGUCAGUUGUGUUCGCACUGCUUGUCCCAAGUUGUCAACAAGUUUGGAACGCGCUGUUAACAACUUGUAACAACCUUGUUGAUAUUAUCAGACUUGUUGCAAGGUUGUUCCAACAAGUCCGAUACAGUCAUGAUACAACAAUAUUGUUACAACCUUGUAACAUUCUUCUUAUAUCAUGACUGUAUCAGACUAGCACAGAAAAAAUUGUAUCAGAC